UGCGUUUCAACGCUAGCGUUUAAAACGCCAAACGCUUUUAUUCCAACGUAGAUGUGCCACACUGUUUGUAUUUGCCAUUUUAUUGACAAUGUAUAUAUGUACAAGAGUUCCUAGUUAGGGAUUGUUGAACUAGACACCAUGCAGCGGAGAACUAAAAGGUGUUUCUAGCAACCUUUCCAGAAGUCAUUCCCCAAGUAUGCAAAAUCUGCUACCGAUAGAGGGGCAACCUUGCACGAGGCUGCGUUGGUGCCGUCAGAGAAACGGACCUGCGCACGCCUACAAAUUGUGCGGGCCUGCUCGCACUGAUGGACGAGCGAAAUGCGCUUGUAGAAGAAGUUGGUUUCAAACAUGUGGAGCAAAAGAUGGGAAGAGCCGCUGAAAUCGCGAAGACAGUAAGCACCAUGAUGACUGCAGUCUUUGAGGAAGUCUUGGAAGGACUUUCCAAUGCACCCAAAAGUCUCAAGGACCACGGGAAGAAGUUUGACAUUCGGGCGGGUGCGCAGCGACGAGGCGUAGAGAGUGGUCUUCUCAGUUUGGAGGCGGUCGAACCAAUGACCUUGGCGGCGUUGGAGUGGGGGAACCUCUGUUGGGGGUCAGUCACAGAGAUCUUCAAAGCCAAGGUUGUACCCGAUUGAACGUCUCGGCAGCUGACAUCAGGCGCUGCCCCCGGAAGGAAAUGCUGGUCUUCCAGCUGCGCAACGAAGCCCAGCUCCAGGGUGAUACGAUGUACCUCAUGUUUGAUGACAACAUGUACCUUGGGCAGCGGAGAGGGUGGGAAUGGAUAGAAGGGUUAGAGAACGGAGAGCCACACGUGCAGGUUGCGGCAGUGGUGAGGUGAGGAAUGGGGAGGCCGAGGCGGACUGCAGCAGCAAUAUGCCACUCGGAUUCUGUCAUUUGCAUAUGCGAGGAGGAGGGUGCCACCAUAAGCCAGUCCCCGGCAUGCGGGCCCUGAAGGGAGGUUAGUCGAGCCAAGCGGAGCGGGGAAGAAGCCGUAGCGCGCACCUUCUCAAGCUGGGCGGUAUCUAGCUGAUGAGAAAGGUGAGUGAAGAGCUUGGGAUGAUAGCCUAACUGAAGGUGGGACCAAGAGGGGAAACGAUCGCGAACUUCUUGAGGAAGCAUGGACAUGGCGGAGGGGAUGAAUUCAUCAAGACGAUGAAUAGUGUCGGAGGAGAGGAAGGGGGUGAAAAGCGGCACACCGUCAGUGAUGAAGUGAGAGGAGAGCAGUGGUAGUGAUUGAGCCCAGGUGCAAAGGUAGCUGAGUGGAGCGGUGAGGGCGGAGGGACGAAGACCGAAACCGCCCAAACGAAUGGGGAGGAAGGCUUGCUGAUGGGCGGUUUUGGUCUGCACCGUCAGUUGAAUCCAGUAACUGGGGCCAAAACGUUGGGUGAAGUAAUCCAAAAGGGCAGAAUCCCAAGCAGCAAAAAGGCUGUGAAUAUCGGGGAAUGGAGAGACUAUUCAAAGAAGGAAGGAGGGACGGGCUGAGAUGCAAUGAGAAAGGAUGCGAGAGGCAAUCUGGGGGUUCUCAAGCUGGUGAAGAAGGGGACAGGAGGAUAUGAAUGAGUUGAGCUUAUCACGGACCUCCGAGAUGAUAGGGAGGGCACAAUCUGUUGGAAGAUGCAGAGGGCACCAUACGGAACACUUCGAAGGCUGGACAGCAAGGCCUAACGAGCAAAGGCGGUUCGUAAGUGCCAUGAAAGCCGUCGAAAUAAUUGAGGGUGGACUGACGAGGAAAGUGUCGUCGGCGUAACAGGUGAUGAAAAUGGAAGGGAAUUGCUGCUGGGUAGAGAGGAUGGCAUGUUGCUGCGUGAGGGCGUACAAGACGGGACCACAGGGGUCCCCUUGGCGCACACCAGAGGCAUACUGGAAGGAAUGAAUGGUGGGGCCAUUGCGAAAGUGGAGGGGGGAAGGGGAGGCAUAGAAGAUGCGGAAGAAGGUGUAAGAAGUAGAGCUGAAAGGAUUGAUUAGGUAAGGACUCCAAAGCUCUAUAAGUACAUGGCAAGCUGAGAGAGAAUGGAUGAAGGGGGAAUCGGAGAGAAUCCCCACUGGGAUCUCCAGAAUCUCCAAUCGGGUAAUUGGAGAUUGAGGGGGUCACAAUUGUGUGAGGUUGGGAUUUUGUGAGUACACCCCAACCCACUAGAACAUUCUUAACAUAAACUAGUAUAUAAAAGUACAAAUACAAAAAUGGGAUUUGCAAUCUAUUUUUAACACACCCCCACGAACUGCAAAUCCGGUCAAGGAGCACAUAGCCCCAUGGAACGGAGAAGGCGAUGGUGGUCAGCCUUGUCGAGAGCCUUGGUAAAGAGGUCGACGAUGUUGCAAUCUGGGGCAAUGUACCGUACCGUCAGCUGGUCACUCUGAACAAGAUCUCGGAUGAAGAAAUGACGAAGUUCAAUGUGCUUGGUGUGAGAGUGGAACACAGGAUCCUUGGUGAGAUGAAUGGCGCUCUGGUUGUCACACCACAGGGUGGGCGACUGCUGGGGGUAGCCUAACUCAGCGAGGAGAAAGGAGAGCCAGCGUGCCUCUUGAGCAGUCAUUGUGCCUGCGUAGAGCUCGGCCUCGCAGAACGACAGGGAGACUGUAGAGGAUCGAGUAGAGGGCAAGCUGAUAACUCCGCUACCAAGAGUGAAGCAGUACCCUUGGAAGGAGCGUCUGUCAGUCUGGUCAUUGGCCCAUGAGGAGUCUGUGUAUCCUUCGAGCUUGACUAGAGAGGUACCACCGAGAGUGAGGAUGUGAGAUUUGGUGGCUUGUAGAUAGCGAAGGACCCUCUUGGCUGCAGACCAAUGGGAGGCAGUGUAGCGUCCGGGGAGAUAUACCGAGAGAGAACACUAACCGGGUAAGCCAAGCCUGGUCGAAUGCACAUCAUGGCAUACAUGAGUGAACCGACUAGCUCUGGGUACGGGUCCUUGCAGGCGUCAGGAGAAGGAACUGGAGGGGCCGUGAGCUGAUGCUGUAGUGGGAGUGGAGUGGAGACAGAGUUACUGGAGUCCAUGUAAAAGAGCGCGCGGAGUUGGGAGCUUGGCCGUGGGCGAGAAGAUUUCGAAGAAGUCGAGAUACUCUUUCUGGGUGAAACCCUUAGCCACGUAUCGUGCCUUGAACAGUGGAGCUUCACCUGGGAGUUGUUUGACUCGAAAGAUCCAUUUUCCGCCGACGAUGUUAACACCGGAAGGGGGAACGACAUCGUCAAACCUAUUGUUGCGAAUGAACGCCUCGUUCUCCCCAUCCAUUGCUGCCUUCCACUCCUUAUAAGGCCCCUAGAGAGCUUCCUCUUUUGUGCCAGGAGUCGGAACUGUCGGGUUCUCCGUGAAGUUGAAGGAAGGGCAGUUAGUAAUGUCCAGGAAGAUGUGAGAGAGAAAUUGGCAGAACGUGUGAAGGUUAAACAACUCCUCAUGCCUGUCCUCCAGAAGUGCACAGAGGGGAUUAGGGAUGGAGGGGACAUCACCCCCGGCAGGAGGAGGCGGGGUGACCGAACACCGGAUGGAGAAGGCGGUUGGUCCCCAGGCGAGAGGCGGAGCCGAUCCCUUGGAACGAGUGCGACUAGAGACCGGAGACGAAGGCGGCUGUGGUGGGACCAGAGGGACAGGGCGCCUCUUUCAGAAACUGAGAACUUGAUUGAUUGAAAUGAGCAAGAGCAUACAUCCUUAAGUACCGAGCAUCGGAGAGGAUGGGAAGGGAUAAGGGAGAAUCGGAGGGAAUCCCAAGGGAAUCCUCCCAAAUCGUGGGGAUUUGGGAUGGAUUGGGUUGGGAUAGGUUGGGGAUGAAAACAUAGCUACACCCAACCUAACAAAUAUGAGUAUCCCUAAAACCAAGAAAGUGUCAACACACAA